UGAUUAAGUUUGACUAAAUCAAUGUCCUGUGGCGCAGUUGUUUUUGUUUUUCAGCAAAGUAGUUACGAAAAUGGCUGAAUAUUACAAUAUUAUUAGAAGAGACCUGUUGAUUCUUGCUAAUCACAUAGAUGCAAACUCUGUGUCUCAGGACUAUAUUCUCUACCGAGUUGAAUGGUUGCUGGAGCGAUUAGGGCAGGUGUCAGCAGUUACAGAAGUGCUUUUUCCAAUAGUUUCAGACUGGUUUUCAACUCUGAGUGAUGAUGAGCUGGAUGGUAUUGUUUCUGAAAUCCAUCAAAACCUCCCCGAUGCUGGUUACAGAAUGAUGCUCGGUCACCUGAAAUCGCGAGGCAUUCGGAUUCAGAGUAAGGUGGCGUAGUCAUUCAUGGAGGAAUUGAUGGGUUUAGCCGGCUGAUUGUUUACCUUAAAGCUGCCACCAACAACCAAGCCUCAAUCAGUAUGGCUUACCUUCCCAGGUGAGAUUAGAUAAAGGUGGGGAAAAUGUAGAUGUGGCACACUUCAUGGUGAACAGCAGAGGGGAGAACAGAGGUUCACACAUCACUGGAUGAAGUGUGCACAAUCAGAGGAAAAUAUGAACUUAAUAUUACACUAGGUGGAUGAU